UGAGACUUUUUGUACUUGUGCAUGUGUGCAUGAGACUUUUUGUACUUGUGCAUGUGUGUAUGAGACUUUUAUACUUGUGCAUGUGUGUAUGAGACUUUUAUACUUGUGCAUGUGUGUAUGAGACUUUUUUACUUGUGCAUGAGACUUUUUUACUUGUGCAUGUGUGCAUGAGACUUUUAUACUUGUGCAUGUGUGUAUGAGAAUUUUUUACUUCUGCAUAUGUGCAUGAGACUUUUUUUACUUCUGCAUAUGUGCAUGCGACUUUUUUUACUUCUGCAUAUGUGCAUGAGACUUUUUUUACUUCUGCAUAUGUGCAUGCGACUUUUUUUACUUCUGCAUGUGUGCAUGAGACUUUUUUUACUUGUGCAUGUGUGUAUGAGACUUUUUAUACUUCUGCAUAUGUGCAUGAGACUUUUUUUACUUCUGCAUAUGUGCAUGCGACUUUUUUUACUUCUGCAUAUGUGCAUGAGACUUUUUUUACUUGUGCAUGUGUGCAUGCGACUUUUUUUACUUCUGCAUGUGUGCAUGCGACUUUUUUUACUUGUGCAUGUGUGCAUGAGACUUUUUUUACUUCUGCAUGUGUGCAUGAGACUUUUUAUACUUCUGCAUGUGUGCAUGAGACUUUUUAUACUUCUGCAUGUGUGCAUGAGACUUUUUAUACUUCUGCAUAUGUGCAUGAGACUUUUUAUACUUGUGCAUGUGUGCAUGCGACUUUUUUUACUUCUGCAUAUGUGCAUGAGACUUUUUGUACUUGUGCAUGUGUGCAUGAGACUUUUUGUACUUGUGCAUGUGUGCAUGAGACUUUUUUUACUUGUGCAUGUGCAUAAGACUUUUUUUGUGUAUGUAUGUAUAAGACUUAUUUUACUUGUGCACGAGAUUGUUUUUUACUUGUGCAAGUGCAGAUUUUAUUUAAAUCAAGUGCAGUCAGAAAACCAAAACAGUGAAAACGAGAACCAGAACUAGAACAGCGAAUACCAGGCGAAAACAUCCAAACCAUAAACGGGACUCUGGAACACACAACAACACACAACAACAACACAUGAAGCUUGACAAUCGGGUGCUGCAACGCAAGAACUUACAGUAUAUAUCGGUGCUCAUCAGGCUGAAACGAGACACAGGUGCAAGCGAUAGAAAACCUGUGACGUGCUGGGGCUGAUGGGUAAUGUAGUAUGUAUGAGACUUUUUUUUUUUUUACUUGUCCUUGUGUGUGUAUAUAAGGGCUGCGGUAUGUGUAGAACACAGGAAUGUCUAGCAAAAAGUCAAUUGCUCUGCUCCAUUAAGUUCAGAUCACACACUGCCUGUGUUCCAUACUGCGUCUGUAUACAGUACGGCACAUAAUUAGUACUCGGAGCUUAAAAGGGGGGGAAAAAAUACUGCCCGCAGAAAGUUACCACACAAAGUUAUUAUGGCUUCAUUAUACACUUCCUGUGUGUGGGAUGAGACUAUGGGCAUGCUCAGUGUGUACUCUCCACACACCCUAUAGUUUACCAUCUUAAAAUAGACAGACAGAAGCGGAAGUAGAGGGACGGCAUACAGUAUUCUGUGUCUGUGUUUGUGUAGGUGUGUUUAUGUGUGUGUGUGUGUGAGCGAGUGAGUGCACGCAUGCCCCCACAGUAGUCAUAAAUGGUAAAGCUGAGCUGGCAAGGAGGAAGUGAUGCGCUGACCUUAACUUAAAGCUAGGCAGAUAAAUAGGAGCUCUCUGCAUCCUUGGCUUCAGCACAAGUGUUUACUCCACACUCAGCAGCACAAGAAGAAGGCAGCACCUGACACUUACUGGGAUUUACACGGCACGUACCCUGAGAGAAAACAGGUAAGAGACUCACUCCUGAAUCUCUUGAUCUUUUAACAGCAUUUUUCUUAGCCUUUAACUGACUCGGAUUCGUCGUCUGUGUUGCAGAAUGAAGCUGGCUUUCGUGAUUCUCUGCCUGCUCGGAGCUGCCGGUGCAAAUCCAGUAAGUGGAUGUAAAAUGAUAAAUAAUUACCCUAAUACAAACCAAUCAGGAUCAGAACAAAACACGACGGAAAAAAUUACAACACGCAUUACUCUUACAGAUUCUGCACACGGAUAUGAUGGAGACCGCAUCGAACUCUGUAAGUAUUCUCAAUCAGCUUUCAUGUUCAAAGUUAUUCCUAUUUUCACUGACUCACAGACCUCCUCGAUGUCUGCAUCUACUGAAGAAACCAUUGCCAUAGACCAAGAUAGCUCUCAGGAAAAUACUUCAGAGGACACCACCUCAGAAUCCAUGGAAUCGAAUUCAUCUGAGAAGACCUUGGAAACAAGCCAAAGCAACUCGCUGGAGGAACGGUUUGGCAAUGGAGAGGCUGGAAUGACCGUGGAUAACAGCCAAGGAAGCACAGAGAUCAUGCGCAAGAACUGGAUUCACGUCUUCAGCCCCCAGGACAUCAGUUCUGAAGACAACAGCACUUCAGCCAGCUUAGCGUUAGCUAGCAGCGAGAUCAGCAAAUCUAUGGAGAGCCCAGAGAAAAACUCCAAGAGCAUCAGCAGCAGUAGUGAGAGCAGUGAGUCUACUGAGGGUCAAGGCAACAAUUCAACAAGCAGCGAGAGCAGCAAAAGCAGCGAGAGCAGUGAGAGCAGCGAGAGCAGUGAGAGCAGCGAGUCCACUGAAAACCCGGAGAAGAACUCCAACAGCAGCAGCAAUGAGAGCAAUGAGAGCAAUGAGAGCAGCGAGAGCAGCGAGAGCCAAGAGGAAAAAUCCAGCAGCAGCAGUGAGAGCAGUGAGUCGAAUGAAAACCAGCAGAACGCUUCAGACAGCAGCAGUGAGAGCAAAAGCGUCGAGAACAGAUCAACGAUCGACAGCGAUGAGAACAGCGACCUGAAAAGCAGCAACAGCUCCAGCAGCGAGAGUCACGAGUCCACUGAGACCACCGAGAGCACCGAAAGCAAACAGAGUCGCUCUAACGAGUGCCAGCCUGGAGCCGACAGCCAGGACUGCGACAGCGACAGCGACGAGUACAUCCUCCAGAACGUCGGAGACGACGGCGCCAACGACCCAUUUGACGGCUUCCACGUGCCUGACAGCACCGAGCGCGAGGUCACCUUUAAGAGAUGACCGAAUGUGCUGAUAUUCUGAUUCAUUUAUAUAGCUAGUGCUAGUGACUCUGCUCUGAAAUGUGCAGUGUGGAAAUCCCUGGAGAGAAAUAUCAACAUGAUAAUGAAAGGAAUAAAAGGUGCAAACCUAUUCAUUCAAACCAAAGAAUAAUAUUUAUACAUAAAAUACAGUAUAAUCUGCAUCAUAAGCUAUGUGUGUUAGAGAUGAUUUCCCGUGUGCAUUAUAAAUAAUGAUACAGGCUUAUUAUUAAGACUUAUAACACGUAAUUAGUAAUGUUAUAAAGCCGUAUCGGAAUUUGAUACUCGGCUUCUGAUUAAAAUUACACGAAAGAAUUUUAUAGAUCUAGUGUCAGCAAGUUUAUUCUGAUCCCGUUAGAUGAUUACUUAUUACGUAAAUUUAUUCUAAUACACUACAGGUAAAGAAUAUAAAGAAAGUUCUCAUCGCAUCACAUUGCAGCUCUCGGUUCCUUUCGCGCCGUAAUGUCUCCUUUGCGUUUUUUUAUUUUUUUAAUUUUUUUUUUUUUUUUGCUUUAAAAUGUUUGAAUGUAACCGUGCCAGUACUCUCCUUAUUUGCCUUAAAUUAUCUUUUCAUUUUAUACGUCUGUGAUAAAUCGACUUAUUUAUUGUACUUGAAUUUUAUUUUACAUGCAGACCUAUGAAAAAAAUUAAUAAAUAACUAAAUAAAUAAAAUAUGCCUUAUUAUAUUUAUUGUACUUGAAUUUUAUUUCGUACACACAGCCCUAUAAAAUAAAAUUUCUUGAAUUUUCUUGAAUACUACGUUUCUUCUUUAAACGCUCCUGUGGAUGACUUAGGAACAAAUAAAUAUAUAGAUUUUUUUUUUUUUUAAUCAUAUUUUUUGCUCAUCCUCAGUUGUGUGCAUGUGUGUUAUAGUCAUGAUGUCCAUCUUUCUGAGGACUCUGUGUGUGUGUGUGUGUGUGUGUGUGUGUGUGUGUGUGUGUGUGUGUGUGUGUGUGUGUGUUUAUUCAGCCUUCUUGUGGAUUAGGAUGUGGUAAAAUGUGUGCUUUCACUCUUUACCUCCACUCAGACCUCAAGAGCUGCGACAGUAAGCAUCAUCAUGAUCCUAAAAUGACAGCUUCCUUAAUCGUCACCCUUUAAAAGAUUCCACCGUUUCAAAAUACAGCUCAAACCUUCUUCUUUUCUUUCUUUUCCGAGUGAAAAAUAAACAAACCAACAAAAACGGUCAUUAACUCUUUAAAUUCAGUCUAGCUCUAAAAUGCCAUGUUCAUAAAUCUUUAUUUGUAUUUUAAAAGAUAAUAUAAUACUUGUGUACCAAAUAGGAGAUCAUUCUGGGUUUA